UCAAAGGUGUCAGACAUUCCACGACGAAUGAAUACGAACAGCGAUGAACUGCAUAAUAUUGGAGAAAAGCAAAAUACAAAUGCUGUAUGAAGCCUGCAAUGUCGUCUUGUCGGAUCCGAAAGCACUCCCAACUUUCCGACAAAUCCAAUGGCUGAAAAAUCUCCUUGGCACGUUUGAAGCCAUAGAUUUCGGAAUCGAUGAAUUUGGUUCGGGUAGAUCUCCAUCUUCGAGUCCAAGGAGCUGCAAGGGAUUGGUUUCUGGGCAAGGCAUCUCCCAAAUCACUUACAUUCAUGUUCAUGAAUGUGACCAUUUCUCUAUAGGCGUGUUUUGCUUCCCCGCUGGUGCUACGCUUCCCCUUCAUGAUCACCCUCGAAUGACAGUCUUUACCAAACUCCUCUACGGUUCUGUUUAUGUUAAAUCUUACGAUUGGAUCAAAGUGGAAACUUCUUCUAGCUUCAGAACAUUUGGAUUGGCAGGCAAGGUUUUUGAUGGAGUUAUAAGCUCACCCUGUGAGACUCGUGUAUUAUUUCCAAGAAGUGGCGGGAACAUUCAUUCUUUUACAGCAGUAACUCCCUGUGCUGUCUUGGAUGUACUGACGCCACCUUACUCCGACGACCAUGGCAGGCCUUCUACUUACUUCUUCGACUUCCCUAUUCCAUCUCUUCCUGCAGGCUAUGCAGUGCUUGAGGAAAGGGACAUGCCCGAAGAUCUGUUUGUUGCUGGAGCGCCAUAUCUUGGCCCUCCUAUUCAAGCGUGUGAUGACCGUUGUUGACUUCCUGACUUUUAACUUUGUAUUUCGGAGUGCAUCAAGUUUUUGAGAUAUGUAUAGUUGCAUACGUGAGUGAACAGUUGAUCAAAGUAGUGUGUUUACCUUAUAAGACUUAAAUUGCUAAUCUUAUUUUCUA